AGAAGCGGAGCAGCGGCGGCGGCGGCACGCUCAGGGGAGCAGGCGGAGCGGAGACCAAGCUACGAUGAUGGGGAAAUUCUCCUCGUUCUCCCCCGGCUCCACAGUGAGCUCCGCUCUGCCCGGCUACAUCGCUCUCUGCCUCACUCUACAGGUUCACAGGCUGGCGUCAGCACAGUUCACAGUAACUGGACCUGACCAGCCGAUCACAGUCUCCCUAGGUGGGGAGGCCAUCCUGCCCUGCCACGUCUUCCCCAGGAUGAGCGCUGAGAACAUGGAGCUGAGAUGGUUCCGAUCCCAGUUCUCUGCAGUUGUGCACCGGUAUAAGGAUGGGCAGGAUCAGUAUGGAGAGCAGAUGCCAGAAUAUCAGGGAAGGACAGAACUGCUGAAAGACAAUAUCACCAGUGGGAGUGUUUCCCUGAGAAUACGCGAUGUCCAACUUUCUGACCAUGGACAAUACACGUGUUUCUUUCAGUCCAGUGUCUUGUAUGAAGAAGCCUUAAUGGAACUGCAGGUGGCAGUUUCAGGCUCGGACCCCCACAUCUCUGUUGAUGGUCACCAGGAUGGAGGGAUCCGGGUUGUGUGUCGGUCGGCAGGCUGGCACCCAGAGCCUGAGGCUCAGUGGAGAGAUCGCCGUGGGCAGUUGCUACCAUCUGCCACUGAAAAAAUAUCCAAGGAUGCCAAUGACCUGUUUCACAGCCAGAUUUCUAUUGUUAUAACAGAACAUUCCAACCAGAACUUGUCCUGUUCUGUCAGGAACCCGCUCCUCAAUCAAGAGAAAAUAUCAACAGUUUCCAUUGCAGAGCUGUUUUUCCCGAGGGUCAAUCCCUGGCUGGUGACGCUGGGGGUGAUCCUGGCUCUCCAGGCUGUUCUCAUUGCCCUGGCCAGUUACUGCGUCUGGAGGCAACACAGAGCGAAAGACAAACUCCAGGCUGAGCUCAGGUGGAAACGCGCCCAGAUCUACGCAGGUACUGUACAUACCACUGAUGUUUUAUCCAUGGCAAGGCCCCACCUUCCCCUGGGAGCUCUCUGCUCCUUUCCCUGCACAAAGCAUUUUCCUAUCAAAUUCAAUAGGCUAGAAACAGCAAUGUCACUGGGGGUGCAUGGAAAGGGGCAGACAAAACCCAGGUUGAUUGCAGAGCAGGGACCUGCCCCCUUUGGGAAAGGGCUGAUUAGUGAUGAAAUGCUGCCCCCUGGUGUCACCUUUGCAAGGGGUACCUGGGCUCUGCAGGAUGGACAUUCUUAUCUGGCCAUAAUUGAACUGAACUGCCAAGCUCUCUCUUCCCAGCAGCAGGAUCAGACCAGGCUUUAGCCACAAUUUUCUUCUAAUGUAACAGGA